CAUGGCCGACUACCUGAUCAGUGGAGGGACAGGGUACGUGCCUGAAGAUGGACUGACGGCUCAGCAGCUCUUCUCUAUCGGGGAUGGACUCACAUACAAGUACAAUGAUAUGUCAGUAUUCGUAGACCACACAAUAUUCUCUCUGUUAAUUUGUUUUUUGUCCCUCUCCCCCCUCUACAGUGAUUUCCUGAUUCUGCCUGGUUUCAUAGACUUUAUUUCUGAUGAAGUGGACCUGACCUCAGCUCUGACCAGGAAGAUCACCCUGAAGACUCCUAUCAUCUCAUCUCCCAUGGAUACAGUCACUGAGUCCUCCAUGGCCAUUGCUAUGGCUCUCAUGGGCGGGAUCGGGAUCAUGCACCAUAACUGUACUCCAGAGUUCCAGGCCAACGAGGUCCGCUUGGUUAAGAAAUUUGAGCAGGGUUUCAUCACAGACCCAGUGGUGAUGAGUCCUCGCCACACAGUGGGAGACGUAUUCGAAGCCAAGGUCCGCCACGGCUUCUCUGGCAUCCCUGUCACCGAGACGGGCAAGAUGGGCAGCAAGCUGGUGGGCAUCGUCACCUCCCGAGACAUUGACUUCCUCUCAGAGAAAGACCAUGACAGACCCCUGGAAGAGGCUAUGACAAAGAGGGAAGAUUUAGUGGUUGCACCAGCUGGCGUCACACUGAAAGAGGCCAACGACAUCCUGCAGCGCAGCAAGAAAGGUAAACUGCCCAUAGUGAAUGACAGUGAUGAGCUAGUUGCCAUCAUCGCCAGGACAGACCUGAAGAAGAACCGAGACUACCCACUUGCCUCUAAAGACUCCAGGAAACAGCUGCUGUGUGGAGCGGCCAUCGGAACUAGAGAGGAGGACAAAUGCAGACUGGACCUGCUGAUGCAGGCUGGGGUUGACGUGGUAGUGCUGGACUCCUCCCAGGGGAAUUCUGUCUAUCAGAUCAACAUGAUCAACUACAUCAAACAGAAAUACCCUGAACUACAGGUGGUGGGAGGAAACGUGGUGACUGCAGCCCAGGCUAAGAAUCUGAUCGAUGCGGGUGUGGACGCUCUGAGGGUGGGGAUGGGCUGCGGCUCCAUCUGCAUCACACAGGAAGUGAUGGCGUGUGGGCGUCCCCAGGGCACAUCAGUGUACAAGGUGGCAGAGUACGCCAGACGCUUCGGUGUGCCCGUCAUUGCAGACGGAGGCAUCCAGACCGUUGGACAUGUGGUAAAAGCUCUCGCUCUUGGGGCAUCCACAGUGAUGAUGGGGUCAUUGCUCGCGGCAACCACAGAGGCCCCGGGGGAGUAUUUCUUCUCAGAUGGCGUGCGGCUGAAGAAGUACCGCGGGAUGGGCUCCCUGGACGCAAUGGAGAAGAACAGCAGCAGCCAGAAACGCUACUUCAGUGAGGGGGACAAGGUGAAGGUGGCUCAGGGUGUGUCAGGGUCAGUUCAGGAUAAAGGUUCUAUCCAUAAGUUUGCCCCCUACCUCAUCGCUGGCAUACAACAUGGCUGCCAAGACAUCGGAGCCAAGAGCCUCUGCAUACUGCGGUCCAUGAUGUACUCUGGGGAGCUGAAGUUUGAGAAGAGGACCAUGUCAGCUCAGGUUGAGGGGGGAGUACACGGGCUCCACUCUUAUGAGAAGCGGCUAUACUGAGGGAGGAGGGAGAGUGAGCUCACGAGCAGCACCCAGUGUACCCUCACCAGCAGCCACCAGGCACAAUGGAUACAUGUGACCUACCU